UCGCUCUGUGGAACUCAGUGCUCAUGGGCGCGGGGAUGGAGAUGUGACCUGGUCAUGUUGAUGUGAGAAGAAGGCAAUGAUGUUUUUGGACAAAGUGCCAAGUGAGUGCGGAAUGAAGCCAGCAAACACAAAGCUGAGCUCUCUGACGCUCGGUAUCGGGAGGAGCCGCUCCCUCCUGCAGGGGGAACCCCACGGAGCUCAGCGGGACCGUGGUUGCCACGUGCACUGCUCACAGACACGAGCACAGCAUCAGCCGGCAGACCUCAUCCAAACAUUCCUCCUGCCUCAUUUGACUGCCUUAAAAUCACUGGUAGGCACACUGCACCAAGACUUUACGCAGGUAUUUUAAUGUUGCCGAGGGCUGCAUUUAAUACCUCUACAGUAACCACUGCUUAAUCUGCAGGGAUGAGCAGCAGUAACUCGGUGUCACUCUGACACCCAGCAGCUCCCUGUUAAAUCCUUCCUGCAGCGUCACUGCUGGUGCAUCCCGGCACCGAUGCAGGGAGGGGAGGGCUCCUGCCUGCAGACACCGGAGCCACCAGGUUGGGUGCACCACGAUGGGUCAGGAUGGGGGGGGAUGCAGGGCUUGCAGGAGCAGGAGCGCGCUCCCAAGUGCUGCCAUCGCUGUGUGUGAUCACUCAGCAAUUAUGGGAGAAGGCAGGAAGGGAGACAGCAACCAGAGGGCAGAGUUCACCGCGACACACUUUGCCAGACCUGCAGGCCUUUCGGUGACAGGAAAACUUCCGACCCUGUGAGCUACACCUGCUUCAAAACAAAAAACUGAUCAAACAAAAAUGAACUUCAGUGUCAAGUUGUCUUCACAGCAAUGGACAAGGGUGCCGGGAGAAAUUCAGAGUCAGCUGAGAAUGCGCCAUUUUUUGCCAUCACAAGACAGCGAUUUUAUCUCAGGUGUGUAUGUUGGCAGCUACUUGUGGCACCUGAGGCAUGGACUCUGCUGCUGGUGCAGGACGAAGCCCUUUAUUGUACGUGUUCACAGCCUUUUAUCCCCACAACAACCCCUUGGCCACGUGUCCGAGCCAGGCGCCUCGUUCCUGUGUACGUCUGGUGCAAGGAGCUGCCGAGCUUGUUUACUCAUCCCAAUGUCUUUUGUUCAUCAAAGUGAGAAUGUCUUUGUUUUCCCACAGCUACUGAACUCCAGAGCCUCCUGCAGGAUGCCCCAUGAGUGCUGAAGACAGAAAGGAGCUCUGGAAAACACAGCCACUGCGGAUUAAACCUAAGCAGGAGGCUGCAGGAGCGGCCAGCCAGGAGCAGCCCUGCUGCCCACCCCGGCACAGCCCAUCUCUGCCACCGGCCCCCAGCGCCAGACCCCCCCCGCUGCCCACAUGAAGGCCUGGCCUGAGUGCCUGGAACUGCUGAUGGGAGCCCAGGUUUGUAGAGAAUCUGCUCGAUUCCCUUGGGAGGACUGUACCAGGCGUGGAUCUGAUUCAUCAGUGCAUAUAUGCUUUAGUAAAAAAGGCUGAAAUUCAGCAUAACGCUCUGCAGACCCUGUGAUGACAAUGCCGAAAGCCCGAGCUCAGCAUAUGUGACUGCUGUGCUCUAUUACAGCGAUCUCCCAUAAGGAAAAUACCACCUACAGCUUGCAUCUGUGACAUGUGCAGAUUGCCACAUCCAAGAGACGGACAGAGGCUGUUCAGGAGAACACGUUCCGCCUUUCCUGCAGGAUGCCAGAGCAGGAAAAGCUGUCACUGAAUUCAGCAAGGAGUUCAGAUGUAAAUCCUCAGCAAAUAACGGCGAAACUUGAAUGGACAACAAAACAAAAAAAGGAAACUAAGAAUGCCUUUGAAAGAUACUCCAUCAGCUGAGACACAGAGGCGUGAAGGACGUGCCAGUGCCAGGCCCAUAUCUGCAGGAGCACACGCAGUGAUCACCGCUCCACACGGCGUCGUGUCGCAGCGCUGAGGCUCCGUGUUGGCAUCAGAAGGAGUGCUGUCAUUGCAAUAGCUGCUAUUGCUGUUCCCAUCCCACGUUGCCCCAAACUGAAACCCGGAGAAAAGACAGGGCUGCCUGCAGUGACUCAGCGCCGUGCUCCCAGCACUGCAGCCCUGCUGGGACAGCGAGCCGCAGGGCUCGGGCAGCAGCCCCUCCUGGGCAGCUUCACGGAGACAGCUGAGUCAGCAUUUAGAUAAGAGAACACCUGCAAGCAGCAGCACAAGGAAUUUCCAUAGGUGAAACUGCCUUAAAACACUCUGACUACAGAGGGCUCCUCCCCAGGGAAAUCCAGUCCUGCCUUCUCAUUUCCUCGCUCAUGUGAUCCUGGCCGUACCGCGGGGCAGAGCGGCCAUUGGGAGCGAUGGUGGGUGCCUGUCCCACUGGAAUGUGGGGCACCGGGACCCCAUGGGAAGCCAAAGCACAAUUCCUUCCUGUCUGAAUUAACAACAUUUAGCUGGAGCAGCACCUGCAGCGGGGGAGGCCUUUCCCCACCUCAUUUCUUCUUGAAGUGAUGUUUCCUUCUCAGCCCUGCACGGUGGGACGUGUAGUGCCAGGGGGUGCACACACACACACACACACACACACACACACACACUCACUCACACACACACACACACUCACACUCACACUCACACACACUCACACUCACACACACACACACACUCACACACACUCCCACUCCCACGCACGCCCUGUGCUGGUUGCUCCCCUCCUGCAGAGCCGUGGCUGCCCGUGCAGGUCGCUGAGCCGUGCUCCUGGCAGCGCUGCCAUUACCCACGUGGGUCGCAUCGUUACCAGAUCGCUUCAUCAAAAAAUGAAAAUCUCCUUCAGUAAAAUAAAGACUGCAGCUGCUGGCAGGCAUUGAGGUGUGGUCUGGUGCAGAUGCACGUCAAAGCUUCCCAUUAUGGAAAGGAAGAAAACCACCAUGAAGAACACACGAAUGCACUGAAAUCCCCUACGAGCACGAGCAAAAUUGUUCCCUACAGAAGUUGUAGGUCUUCACCAUUGGCUACAGAGUCCUACGACUACGUCUGAAGUUCAGAAUGGACACACAGAGCCCACCCCACAUGCAAGGGUUCCAGAUUUGCAGGGCCAAGGUAAAAGCAAGACUAAUGACCCUGGCUGAAUGGCAUGGCAGUACCCGGAGCAGGCAGCGCCCGGCGCGUCCUUCGUGUGAUGUGUCCGGGUGAGCUGGAUGCCAGGGACGAUGCUGACCAGCAGCAGGGUGACAGGCACCACUUGGCUGCAUUCAUAUUAUUAACAAAAUGAAAAAUCCAGAUGACAAAGCGUUGUAAUUAUUUCCCCUGUUCCUCAGUUCAGCAUCCCCAGACUAAAAACAUGUUGAGUAUCCUUUUUCUUUCGCAGUCUCUUUUCUAAAUUUGACACGCUUUCCCCAGACUGUGCUUGGAGGAUCGGGGUCAGGCUGCUCCCGAAAUUCCCCACGCUUCUGUUUCAGAAAUGCAGAGCACCACCUCCUGUGGCUGUCCUCUCCUGGCAGCGAAUAGCCAUAGCUAACCACGACACUAGGAAGGAAAAGGAAAUACCCUUUUCUCUUUUACUUUGGAUAAAUAUUUACAUGUUUUGUCUACCUGCUAAAGCAGAAUGCAUAUCCUGGCAUCCCUCCUCUGGAAGGGGAUGUCCUGAUGCAUGCAGGAGGAAGAGAAGCGGCAAGUCAUCGCCGCUCAAGCUCCUUAUUUGCUGUGCACUCCAUCUCCAUGGUGCGAUGCCAGGGGCCCUGGCGGGACCUCACCCCGGUGCUGCCUCCCAGGGCUCUCCCCCCGUCCCCUGGGGCAGCUGCACCACGGGUGCCUGCACCCCGAGGGCACCGAGCAGGCUCUGCCAGGCGGGUGGCACCUGCCCGCAGCUCUCCCCUCCAGCAGGACUCGCCCCCUCACGGGUAAUUGCUGCUUCGUUCCCCAGGCACUCUCAGGUAUUGUCGCUGUUUGUGUCACUGUUGUUUGGUUGUCAUCACAAGUCAGACCUGAUGAUUCAGGAAGUCACAUUUUUGAAGUAGUUUUGAAACACGCUUCUAUUAACCAAAGCACCUUUCUGUUGUGGGAUCGCCAGAGACAAACGCCGAUGGGGAAAUAUUCCAGGCGCAGAACUACCAGGUCGGGAGGAGGAAGAACAAACAGCGCUUCUCCAGCGGCAACAUCCACGGGGUGGUAUAAAUAGGGAGCGCUGGGGCUGGAGUCCGGCAGCAGCUUCUGCACCACCCGUGCAGCUCGCGCGGCUGCACCAUGAGCUGCGCCCGGCAGUGCGGUACCCGGGGCAGCGCGGGCAGCUGGGCGGGCACCGCGCAGGGCUCCUCCGCCUCCCGAGGCCGGCACGCCGCCUUCGAGCUGGCAGCCGCAGCCGGGGGCUUCUCCGGUGGCAGUUUGGGCGAGGGAUUGCUCGGGCAGCAGCUGGGCGCCGGCAGCAUGAGCGGGGGCAGCUUCAGAGCGACCCAGCGGGCCUGUUCCGCACUCGGAUUCGGCACGGGGGGCACGUGUGCACGCGGCGUCGGAGGCUUCGGCAGGGCCGGCGAGGGGAUCCUGUUUGCCAACAAUGAGAAGGCGACGAUGCAGAACCUCAACGACCGCCUGGCCUCCUACCUGGACAAGGUGCGGCUGCUGGAGAGCGAGAACGCCGAGCUGGAGUGCCGCAUCCGGGAGUGGUACGCCAAGGUGGGCCCCAGCUGCGAGCCGCGGGACUACAGCUGCUUCCACAAGGAGAUCGAAGACCUUCAGAACCAGAUCCUGUGCGCAGCGAUGGAGACCAACAAAAUCCUUCUGAACAUUGACAACAGUCGGAUGACGGCUGAUGACUUCCGAGCCAAGUAUGAGACUGAGUGCAGCCUCCGGCAGAAUGUGGACGCGGACAUCUGCAACCUGCGCCCCGUGCUGGACCAGCUGGCCAGCUGCAAGGCCGACCUGCAGCUGCAGUGCGAGGCCGUGACCGAGGAGAUGUGCUGCCUCCGGGCGAACCACGAGGAGGAAAUGAGCUGCCUGAGGAAGCAGGCGACCGGAGACGUGAGCGUGGAGGUCAACGCCUGUCCUGGCCCAGACCUGAGGAAGAUCCUGGAGGAGCUGCGGUGCCAGUACGAGACACUGAUGGAGCGCAACCGCAAGGAGACGGAGCAGUGGUUCGCCUGCAAGGUGGAGGAGGUGAACCUGGAGGUCAUCACCAGCAGCCAGGAGAUAGAGUCGAGCAACAAGCAGGUCACGGAGCUGAGACGCCAGCUGCAGGCCCUGGAGAUCAACGUGCAAGCCCAGCUGACCAUGAAAGAAAACCUGGAGUCCUCUCUGGCUGAGACUGAAUGUCGCUACAACAAAUACCUCGCUGAGCUGCAGAGCCAGAUCUCCUGCGUGGAGCAGCGGCUGGCGGAGAUCCGGGCCGAGAUGGAGUGCCAGAACCAGGAGUACAAGAGCCUGCUGGACGUCAAGUGCCGCCUGGAGCAGGAGAUCCACACCUACCGCUGCUUGCUGGAGGGCGGGCAGCACGACAUCAUGUACGCAGGCUGCAGGCAGAGCCGGGCACAGUGACAUCCCUGGGCCAUCACUUACAGGGAUAUGAAAACCUGAGAUACGAGUGGCAAAAGAACACAGCGGUGAGGAACCAGCAGCGCCCUGCUUCCAGCCGGGGUUGGGAAGCCAACCAUGAGGAGCUGAGCAUUUGGCUCUGACCAGUGUCCGACUGCGAGCCACGGCUCCUUCUCUCCCCUGGGCAGGGGGGGCAGCCCAUGGCCCUGCGCUGCGCUGCGGGGCGGCUCCUGCUGAGCUGGGCAAGGUGCUUCGUGACAGCUGUCAUUUAGCUGACUCCUGCUGGCUCUGCACUGCUAGACAGGAUUAGGGACGGGCAGUUAAAUUCCCUGAAACAAUAAAUUAUCUAAAUGUUUUCAGUUUCACAUGACA